AUGCCAGAGCCAGCACCCAAACCAGAGCUGGAGGCAGAGCCAGUGUCAGCACCAGUGCAAGAGCUAGAGCCAGUUCCAGCACCAGAGCCAGUGCCAGGACCAGAGCCAAUGCCAGUGACUGAACCAGAAUCAGACCCAGUGCCAGACCCAGUUCCAGAACCAGUGCCAGAGGCUGACGAGGCAGUCUCUGCUCCAGACUUCUUGGAAGACAUCGUCGUCCCACUGCCACCUGACUAUGAAGACAUCAUCAUCCUGCUGCCACCCGGCUAUGAAAACUUUGUUGUCCCGCCGCUGCCCACCUAUGAAGACAUCAUUGUCCCACCACUGCCCGGCUAUGAAGACAUCGCUGUCCUGCCAUCAGGUUCCAACCAGGACAAGAGCAGUGCUCAAAUGGAGCCCAUGUCUGGUCCAGAAUCCAAGCCCAGUCCAGAGUCCAAGUUCAGGUCCAGUCAAGAGCUCGAGCCCAAGUCCAGUCCAAAGCUUGAGCCCACGUCCAGUCAGGAGCCCAUGUGCAGUCUAGAGCUUGAGCCCAAGUCCUGUCUAGAGCUCGAGCCCAAGUCCUGUCUAGAGCUCGAGUCCAAGUCCUGUCCAGAGCUCGAGCCCAUGCCCAUGUCCAGUCAGGAGCCCAAGUCCUGUCUAGAGCUCAAGCCCAUGUCCAGUCAGAAGCCCAAGUCCUGUCCAGAGCUUAAGUCCAAAUCCUGUCCAGAGCUUGAGUCCAAGUUUUGUCCAGAGCUCAAACCCAUGUCCAGUCUGGAGGCUAAGUCCUGUCCAGAUCUUGAGUCCAAGGCCUGUCCAGAGCUUGAGUCUAAGUCCUGUCUGGAGCUCGAACCCAUGUCCAGUCCAGAGACUGAGCCCACAUUCAGUCCGGAGUCCAAGUCCUGUCCAAAGCCUGAGCUCACAUCUAGUCCAGAGUCCAGGUCCUGUCCAGAGCCAGUAUGCACUUUAAUAAUGGACUACUUGUAUCUUAAAUAUGGGUGUCUUUGUACCUGUCCUUGA